AUGGAUUUUGUACAGCGGAUUACUUGGAUCUUUGAUCAGUUUACUCCAAGCCAGAACCACCUCUUCUGUUGUGGUCUUUGGGCUAUCUGGGGAGAGAGAAACAAAAGAAUGCAUGAGCAGAAAAAUAGUACAAGUCAGGAAAUAACAAAUUUCAUCAACAACUAUAUUGCUAAACUUAAUGGUUUAGAAAAGAGAAAUCCAGUAAGGGGGAAGGUGAUAAGAAGAUGGAGUUACCCACCUAGUGAGUUCAUAAAAAUUAAUUUUGACGGUGCAUACGAUGGGACUCACCACCAAUCAGCUUCAGGUAUAGUGAUCAGAAAUGAAGAAGGGGUAGUCUUACUUUCUUGCUCUGAGAUCCAUCAUGGGGUAACUUUCGCCUUUGCAGCUGAAGCAAUCGCAUGUCGAAAAGCAGUCCAAAUAGGAUUUGAACAUGAAUGGCCAAAGAUCAUAAUCGAAGGAGACUCUCUCACAAUAAUCAAGAAAUGUACAAACAAAAGUCAAGAUCGAUCACAUAUUGGAGCAUAUAUAUAUGAUAUUCAACAGAAACUAAACAGAUCCAAAAGUUUCAUGUUCAAACACACACCAAGAUCCACAAACGCUCUCGUGCAUAUUUUGGCAACAAAAACUCUAAAAAGAAAGGAAGAGAUGUACCUGGUAAUGAGUGUCCCGAAGUAUGCUGAAACUCAACAAAGGAUUGAAAGGAGACAUGAACCAGAUUGA